GUGAUAAGUCAAUGCGUUAAAAGAAAGAAAGAAAGAAAGAAAGAAAGAAAAUUAUGCGAGAUGCAGCCAUUGAUCUGAAAGUUCCUAUCAGACUCAGACAUAGAUUGUAACAUCCCUUUUUCCCACAGCGGAGAAACCUCUCCUCUCUCUCUGGUCGCAUGAGAUGAUACUACAUAAGCGUAGAAUCCUACGCAAUCGAAUUCCCAGCUAGAUUGUCUCUCUGUCUCAAUUAGAAUUUGAAUUGGUGAUCGGAUCCAACACAACACAACACCAUGUCCAAGUCUUUGCCCUACUCCACCAAAGAUGUUCACUACGACAACGCCAAGUUUCGCCCCCGCUCUUUCUUCAAGGUUGUUACUCAGAACUUACUCACCAGUAACCUAAGGCGUGAUUGUGGUAGCUGUAGUACAGGAAAGUUUCUGUUUUUGCUAUUGAUCUUUGGUGUGGCUUAUCUUAUGCUGGCACAUGCCAGUUCGGGCGGUGUAGUUUCUGAUGAUCAAGCAAUUGUGAAUAGAAAGAGUUUUUAUGCAAAUAGCAGCAUUGUUAAUGGUGCUGGCAAAAUAAAGAGGCUCUGGAGACGGCCACCGAGGCUCCCUCCUCGAUUAUCGCCAGAUGAAACAGGAACUGGUAAUGGAAAUGGACAUGUAUUGGGAAAUCCGGAUGUUGUUAGGUCAAUGUGGAUUGCUAGGCAAAAGAAAGUCAAGGAAGCUUUUAUUCAUGCUUGGUCUGGAUACAAGAAAUUCGCCAUGGGUUAUGAUGAACUUAUGCCUCUCAGCCAGCAUGGAAUUGAUGGAUUAGGUGGGUUGGGGGCUACAGUGGUGGAUGCUCUCGAUACGGCUAUGAUCAUGGGUCUUGAUGAGGUUGUGGCUGAAGCUGGAUCCUGGGUUGAAGAACAACUUUCUGAGAGAAUCAGUAAAAAGGGUCAAGUGAAUUUAUUUGAAACCACAAUUCGGGUUUUGGGUGGGCUUUUAAGUGCGUAUCAUCUAAGUGGUGGGGAAAAAGGAACAAACUUAACUCAUGCAGGACCUAAACCAGCAGUUUAUCUAGAAAUUGCUAAGGAUUUGGCUGACCGUCUGUUAUCUGCUUUUACAGCCAGUCCAACUGCUAUUCCGUUUAGUGAUGUUAUUCUGCAUGACAAGUCGGCACAUCCAGCUCCUGGUGGACUGAGUAGCACAUCGGAAGUUUCCACUUUACAGCUUGAGUUUAAUUAUCUCAGUCAGAUAUCUGGUGAUCAGAAAUAUAGUUUGGAAGCAAUGAAAGUCAUGGAGCACAUGAAGACUCUUCCAAAGAUUGAAGGACUAGUUCCUAUCUACAUUAGCCCUCAUUCUGGUGAAUUUAGUGGAGAAAAUAUUAGACUGGGAUCUCGUGGUGACAGUUACUAUGAGUACUUAAUCAAAGUAUGGCUUCAGAGUGGAGCUAGUAGCAACACUAAUACAUCAUUCCUAUAUGAAAUGUAUAAGGAAGCAAUGAAUGGUGUUAGACAUCUUCUUGUUCGGAAAUCUAUCCCAAAUGGACUAGUUUUUGUUGGAGAAUUGCCUUAUGGAUCUAACAGUGGUUUCAGCCCAAAAAUGGAUCACCUGGUGUGUUUCCUACCUGGUACACUUGCAAUUGGUGCCACUAAAGGCCUUACAAAGAAACAGGCAAUGGAAAACAAUAUGCUUAACUUUGAAGACCUAGAAAAUUUGAAGCUAGCAGAAGAUCUGACUAAAACAUGCUUUGAAAUGUAUGCAGUAACUUCAACUGGUCUUGCUCCUGAAAUUGCUUACUUUCAUACUGAGGAAUUUUCUGAAGAAGGUCAUGAUGGAGGAAAUAAGAGCUCGGAAUUUGUUAAUGACAUCAUAAUAAAACCUGCUGACCGUCAUAAUCUUUUGAGACCUGAGACCGUGGAGUCAUUGUUUGUUUUGUACCGUAUCACAGAAGAUCCAAAAUAUCGGGAAUGGGGUUGGCAAAUCUUUGAAGCUUUUGAAAAUCACACAAAGGUUGAUACUGGUGGAUAUUGCUCUCUGGACGAUGUAACUAGUGUUCCUCCUCAUAGAAGAGACAAAAUGGAGACUUUCUUUCUAGGAGAAACACUUAAGUAUUUCUACUUGCUUUUUGCGGACAGCUCUCUUAUUCCUCUGGAUAAAUUUGUUUUUAACACAGAAGCACAUCCUAUACCAAUCAAUUUGAAGAAAUGAGUAUAAUCAUCAAAGGCAUUCAACACAGUUAUUAGAAAUACGGAUUCUGUCACCCUGGUCUCACAAAGUGAGAUGCUUCUUUGAAGUCAGUCUAGCAUCUCUUACACUGACCAAGAGCACUUCUGGUUAUGUAUAAGAUUAGCUGGGUUCUCAGUGAUAAUAAAUAACUGAAAUAUUGUUUGAAUCAUCCAAUACAUCAGCAAACACAUUUUAGAGACCGUCAAUUGAUUAUGACUCAUUUUCUUGGAUUUAUAACCAGCCCUAUCUAAAUGGGAUUGUAAAUUUUGUUUCAAGUCAUGGACAAAGAGCAGCUUUUGUAAUCGAAUUGUAUGAUUUUCCAAUAUGUUUUUGGAUGCUUAGCAUUUUUGUGACUUGAUUA